AUGGGCGAGAGAAUCUUCGAGCAAGCAUACGAUUAUCUGUAUCAGAAACGGGUCACAGAGAAAAAUCGAUCGGGCGAAUUGUUCAUUUUGACCGGGCUACGUGCGAUUUGUCCGGAUGUCACGACCGGGUUUGUUUUGGAUCAACUGAUUUUUCUCGAACAAAAUGGUGCACAUACGUCGGACUGUGAACGGCCGGCGCACAUGUCUCAAGCGAUCGGCAAGAUUAUGUUGACCACAGUCACAUGA